AAUCCAGUAGAGCUACAGUCUCAUCAGAGACCCCUAGUUUAUACAUGUUUUGCUGUUAAUUACUCAAUAUUUUAAAGAUUUUUCCUCUUAUCAGAUGGUCUUUUAAACAGCAUUUAUUUGAAUCUCAUUUUUUGUUAUAGAUUUUUUCUAAAAUGUUGAAUCUCCCUUAUUCAGGAAUUUAUUAUUACUGAUUGAAAGGUAUUAGUCAGUUACCGAGAGUUACUUAUUAUUAUUAGUUUUGAUCAGAUAGUUUGUGGAUGCCUUUCUAAACAGCUUUUUUUCCAUGUAUGAUAUAAAUAAUCCACAGUUGACAGAGAUUAUAAACAUCUAUACUAAUUCUAUAAAUCUGCUUCACUUAUAUUUAAAUUUCAUUUUGUACAAAUCACCUUAUUUCUUAACUUAGAAAAUUGAAUGAUAUUAAGGAAUUAAUUUAAUAAUUUCCCAAGUUAUACUCCAAUAACCUGGCAUUGGAACAGUUUAGUCUUUUUUUAUAAAUUGAAAAACUGCUCAGCAGUUUUUAAAUCAUAAACUACCCCAACCCAGGUUGUACUUGAAGAACUUCGAUAAAUUUUAAAUUCAUUCCUUGAAUUUAAACAGCAGUCUGUUUGGACACAAAUUUUCUGAUCAAAACUUAAUAAAAUAUGGUGACUAAAAUUGAUUCUUAUGUCUGUAGUAGGAAGAUUCUUUUCUGUUUGUGUUAUACUGUUAUCAUUUAUAAAAUGUAAAGAGUUUAACAGAAUAAUGGCAUAAUAUCUUUUUUUUAGUUUUAGAAACUGAGAUUUGUUAUUUUAUGAUUUUUGGUGCAAUCAAUCGAAAUCCAGUAUUUUAUUUUGAUCAAAUUUCUUAGUUGUUAAUUUAACAGCUGCGGAUAUAUGAAAUCCUUUCAUUUAUUUUUUGUCCAUUUUUAUUGACUUUCAUGUUGAUAACACUUGCUUAUGUGAUACUGUUUUUUAAAAAAAAAAUGCUUUGAAAAAUUCUUCGUUGACUUGGCAAUUUAUUAAGCCAGACUUCUAUUUAUAAAAUUAAGGCAUUAUAUUUAGAAAUAUGCUCACUGGAAUGUAGAACUUGUUAUUAGUAUUCAUUACUGCCCAUUUUCCCCCUCAUUAAUAUGAAAUCAAUUUCAUUAUUACUGUUACUUUUCAUUCAUGAAAACCAUUCAUCGUGUUCCAUGUAACAUGUUGCCUUUGUUCAGAUAGGAGCUGAAUCAGUUUCUAUUACUCCUCAAAUCAUGACAUAAAUUCAGGUACUGUUUUUUUUUUUUUUAAAGUCUAGUCCAGGUAUUCCACUGUUCUUGUAUACUCUGAUAGUUGGUAGAAUUAUUACAGUGUCUUUCAUUUGCAUCUUUUUCCUGCAUCAUUAUUUUAGCACCCUUCUUUUAUUACUAAUUUUUUUCAAUCAUCUUGACUAACCUGUAUAAUUGUACAUAUACAUUUGUGUAACAUGUUUGCACAGUUUUCUUUUUCUCCCAAUGUUCAAUUUUACUGUGUGUUUCUCAUCUCUAGAGAGGGCGCUUUCCAGAUGUCUGCAAGUGGCAUUAUUCGUGUGUGUAUUACUGUCAUUUGUACAAUUCUUUGCGACUUAGAAUACCCAAUUAUUACGGGUUGAGAUUAUAAAUUUUAUGUGUGCAUGUUCAGAAGUAAGGUUUAAACUACAAAGACCAUAUAUGCUGAAGUUUCAAGAUCUGUUUUGACCUAUCAUACUUUUGCUGGAAAAUAAUACAUGGGUAGAUAAGCAUACAUGUGUAAAUUUUUUUCAAAUCAUUCAAAUACAGAAAUGGCUGCUCUUUGCAAUGCACUCGAUCAAAAUGCAAUUCUCAUUGUAAAAGACCAGGGUACGUGUGUUAGUAUUUAUAGAGGGAGUACCUUACAUGUAUUAUACAGUUCCUCAAAGAUUUUACCUAAUGUUUACUCAAAGCUACAGUUUACCAUGUACUCAAACCAGGGAUUUAAAUUGUAUGCGAUGUAAUUAUGCUCAUCAAGGACUGUAGAAUAGAGGAGUUUAGAAUGUUAUCUUUGAAUAGAGUAGAAAUUAAUAUACUAUGGUCAUACUCAGAAAUGUAAUCAUUGUGUAUACAAGUAUACCCAACCUACAAUUAGUAUCUUAAAACUUUUUUUAUUAUAAGCCUUUUAUUUGCAUGUAAGGAAUAUUUAUCACUUAAACUGAAUGUGACAGAACAAUUUUUUCAAUUUCAUCACAUUUUAGGGUAGAAGUUGAAAUUAUACAUGUAUGGUCGUGGUGCAUGAAAAAGCCAUUUUUUUUAAAAAACACUUUGAUUGAAAAUAAUCACCUUAGAUACAAAUCCAUUAAAGAUGCCUGUUGUGUAGGUUAGAUUUUGUAAAUCUAACCCAAUGUAACACCAAUGAUGAUGAUGCCUGUUGCGGAGAGUGUAAAUGAUUCACUUCUGAGGAGGGUGUUUUCUGUUAUAACUCCUACUUUUAGUAGUGUUAUGGUAGAUCCAUAUGUUAUGUUUAUACAUGUUAUAGAAAUCUUUUUUAAUUCCCUAAUUAUAGUGUAUAGAGUAUAUUAACCCAAAUCUUGCACCAUUUGUUAUAUCCAGUUCAGACAAUGAUGUAUAUGCUGUUUCUCCCCUUGCGUGCACCACCAAGUGUUGGUGUGCAGCCCCAGGGCUCUGCUCUUUUAGAGAUGUUUGUUAAUACUACAUGAACUAAAGAAGAGCUGUUUUUUAUUCACUACAUAGUUUUAGAACAGCUUGUCUUUUCACAGUUGCACUGGAAAAUUCCAUAUUUCCUUGUUGUUCCGGAGAAAAGUGUGGAUUUGGGGUUGUAAGCCACAUUUUAUAAGGCAAAAUCUGUGAUCGUUUGAUUCCAAUUUAGUGUUUUUGUACAUAACUUGUUGAAAUACAUGAGGAAUGCAUAUCCAACUGA